AUGAGAUCUCUCGGCUUUUUGGUUAGCUUGACAGCUGUUGUGCCUACACUUGCCAUUCCCUACGAAGAAUACAUCCUUGCGCCUAAAUCUCGCACAUUACGUCCUGCCUCGAUACACAGUACGAACGGGUCCGUUACCAACCCCGAGAGUCUGUUCAGCGUCAAUGGCAGUUCUGUCUUUACUGGCGACGCAGCAACAGCUUACGACUUUGGGAUCAACAUUGCUGGCCUCGUAACCGUAACGAUUGGCUCCGCAAAUAGCUCAGACGAAUACAUUGGCGUUGCUUUCUCUGAGAGCUCUCUAUGGGUGAGCAAUAGGAGUAGCGACGCGACUGCCGACGCAGGAAAAGAUGAGACACUUUGGUUCCACGUCAAUGGUCCCGGGAGGUAUACAGCACCGCGUGAGAAGCUGAGGGGAGCUUUUAGGUAUAUGACGUUAGUGCAUAAUGGAACUGGGAGUUUAGAAGUUACAGGUGCAGAAGUGCAUUAUACAGCUAUGCCUCACUGGAAAGACAAUGCGCUAAGAAACUACACUGGAUACUUCCAUUGCGAUGAUGAGCUUCUCAAUCGUAUAUGGUACGCUGGAGCGUAUACAAACCAGAUCUGCACGAUCCCUCCAGACACCGGAAAUGCAUUGGUUCAUCUUGGCGAACCAGGCUACGAUAGGUCAGACGACCAGAGCCCGGUCAAUGUCACAUGGUAUAAUAACUACACGAUCACGAGAGGAGAGAGUGUCCUUGUUGAUGGAGCCAAGAGGGACAGACUUGUAUGGGCUGGUGACAUGGCCAUAGCAGUCCCUGCCGUUGUAGUCUCCACGGACGACGUGAUAUCCAUUGAGAACGCGUUGAACUCGCUGUUCGCUGUCCAGAACCAGACGACUGGAGUGCUUCCAUACGCCGGUCGACCUUUCCCUUCUGUAAUAUCGUUCACAUAUCACCUUUACACUUUGAUUGGUGUUGCAGACCACUAUCUCUACACUGGUGAAAUCGACUACCUCAAGUCCCUUUGGGAGCAAUACAAAUUUGCUCUCGCCUUCCCACUAGCGAACAUUGAUGAAUCGGGACUGAUGAAUGUCACCUCGCCCAGCGACUGGCUCCGUCUUGGCAUGGGUGGACACAACAUCGAGGCAAAUUCCAUUCUAUAUUACACGCUUAAUCAGGCCAUCUACCUCGCCGAGGUGUUGAAUGAUACCGCGAACGUUUCAACCUGGCGAGACACUGCUGAGCGCAUCAAGGUGGCCGCCAACGAUCUACUUUGGGAUACACAGGAAGGAAUGUACAGAGACAAUGAGACAGCAACAUUGAUGCCCCAAGACGGCAACUCCUGGGCCGUCGUCGCAAACCUGACGCUCAACGCGACGCAGAAUGCCCUCAUCUCUUCGCGACUGAACUCGCGCUGGACACCUUACGGCGCACCUGCCCCCGAAGCCGACGAUUCUAUAUCGCCGUUCAUCUCUGGUUUUGAGCUACAGACUCACUUUCUCGCACAGAACACUAGCGCUGCUCUCGCGUUGAUGAGACUGCAGUGGGGCUUCAUGAUGGAUGAUCCUCGCAUGACCAACUCGACGUUUAUCGAGGGCUACAGCACGACUGGGCAACUACACUAUGCGCCGUACCUCAAUGACGCUCGGAUCAGUCAUGCCCAUGGGUGGGCUACGGGACCAACGAGUACAUUGACCCAGUAUGUGGCUGGAGUGCAGCUUCUCAGUGCUGGUGGUGCCACAUGGCGCAUAGCACCCAGUCUAGGGGACUUGAAGUUUGCAGAUGCAGGAUUCACGACGAAACUGGGCUUCUUCGGAGCAAGGACCCAGAUCUUGAAUGGUAGCGUAAUGUUGGAGUUUGAGGCCCCGGAGGGUACGACAGGAGAGGUGAUGAUGCCGGUGCUAGACUGCGCUGGUAGAGUCGUCCUGAGAGGCCAAGGUCGGCUGAGCGGCUAUCAUGUUGUUGACGUCCGCAAGGGAGGGGAAGCUGCCUCGGUGGAGCGUGUUGCCGGAGGGAAGUGGACAGCUACGUUUCAGUGUUUGCAGUAAGCAAGGUCUAAUAUUAGACUAAAAGAAAUGAAGUAGCGGCGAUCAGCUGCAUGUAUAGCGGCA